CUGGUGCAUGACGGCUUGAGCUCAGCUUCAGCUGAAGAGCAAGCCGACAUCAGCUGAGUUUGCACGAAGUACCAUCCUUGUACCUAAAAUACGGGACUUUAUCAGCACGUAAAAUUUAACAAUAGCAUUUUUCAAACUUGCGUUUAACUGUUCAGUCAAGGAAAUAACUGCCAUCUGUCGUAACCAGAGAAACAAGCGAGAAGCAAAGGAGAAAUAACAGUACAUCAAACCCGGCAAACAAAGAGGUCCUUUUUUCAACGACAACAUUUUUCCUCCAUAUUCUAUAGUUAUGAGUCAUGUGGCCGUCGAAAAUGUCCACGGUCUAGAGCAGCAGCUCGCUGUCCUAGACUUGAGUGCAGCGGACGGACAAGGUGGAGGCACUAACACGCAGCCAAUGGGCUUCGCUGGCUACGAAAAUAAAGACGCCGGCGGCUGGAACACUGCCAAGGACGCCUAUAGCAGUUUUGGUAACAACCGAGGGAAGUCUGCGUUCUUCAAUGACAGAGGCAACGCUAAUAGAGGGAGGUUUGAUCAUGGUGGAUUUGGUGGCGGUGGAGGAGGAGGAAACAGCCGCUGGGUGGAAGAGUCCAGAGAUGAAGGAGACUGGUCCAAACCAACACCACGUAACGAACGCCUUGAACAUGAGUUGUUCUCAGGCAGUAACACUGGGAUCAACUUUGAGAAAUACGAUGACAUUCCCGUCGAGGCCACAGGACAAAACUGCCCUCACCACAUCGAGAGUUUCCAAGAUGUGGACAUGGGUGAGAUUGUCAUGGGUAAUAUUGCCCUAAGUCGCUACACCAGACCAACCCCUGUCCAGAAAUAUGCCAUUCCUAUUGUCAAGGCAAAGCGAGACCUCAUGGCCUGUGCACAGACAGGUUCUGGGAAGACUGCUGCGUUCCUGCUGCCAAUUCUCAGCCAGAUCUACACUGAAGGACCAGGAGAAGCUCUUAACGCUGCUAAAGCAUCUGGACAGGAGAAUGGAAAGUAUGGACGCCGUAAGCAAUACCCCAUCUCACUGGUAUUGGCUCCAACCAGAGAACUGGCACUACAGAUAUAUGAUGAAGCCAGGAAGUUUUCCUACCGGUCCAGAGUGCGUCCCUGUGUUGUGUAUGGCGGAGCAGACAUUGGCCAGCAGAUCAGAGAUCUGGAGAGAGGCUGCCACCUGCUGGUGGCAACACCAGGAAGACUGGUGGACAUGAUGGAAAGGGGCAAGAUUGGACUGGAUUACUGCAACUACCUGGUGCUGGAUGAAGCAGAUCGUAUGUUGGACAUGGGAUUUGAACCACAGAUUAGACGCAUCGUUGAACAGGACACCAUGCCACAUAAAGGAAUCCGACAAACCAUGAUGUUUAGCGCAACCUUUCCUAAAGAGAUCCAGAUCCUGGCCAGGGAUUUCCUAGAGGAGUACAUCUUCCUGGCAGUGGGCAGAGUUGGUUCCACCUCAGAGAACAUCACUCAGAAAGUGGUGUGGGUAGAGGAGAGCGAUAAGAGGUCGUUCCUCCUGGACCUGCUCAGCGCCACAGUCAUCCCCAGCGAGGUACAGGACAAUACGGGAGACAACAUAGAGAAACCUGGUAAGGACUCGUUGACUCUGGUUUUUGUGGAGACCAAGAAAGGCGCUGACGCCUUGGAGGACUUCCUGUAUCGGGAGGGCUACGCCUGCACCAGUAUCCAUGGUGACCGCUCCCAGAGAGACAGAGAAGAGGCCCUGAGCCAGUUCAGAUCAGGAAAAUGCCCCAUUCUGGUGGCCACAGCGGUAGCAGCUCGGGGUCUGGACAUCUCCAAUGUGAAACAUGUUAUUAACUUUGACCUGCCCAGCGAUAUAGAGGAGUAUGUCCACCGUAUUGGACGUACGGGACGAGUCGGAAACCUGGGACUGGCCACAUCGUUCUUCAAUGAUAAAAAUGGGAAUAUUACUAAGGACUUGCUGGACAUCCUGGUUGAGGCCAAACAGGAGGUUCCCUCAUGGCUUGAGAGCUUGGCGUAUGAACACCAGCAUAAGAGCAGCAACAGAGGACGCUCAAAGAGGUUUUCUGGUGGUUUUGGAGCACGUGAUUAUCGCCAGACAGCUGCAGGAGGCACCGCUGGAGGGUUCGGAGGACGUGGAGGUCGCAACCAGGCAGGACAUGGAGGACCCCGUGGCUUUGGAGGAGGUGGUUUUGGCAACUUCUACACCAGUGACGGCUACGGAGGCAACUACUCGCACUCUCAAGUUGACUGGUGGGGCAACUAGGUUACUCCAUUUCCUCUAACACUCA